UGAUGUCAGUACUGCAGACCCGCCUGUGCCGGGUGUCGUCCUACCCAAUAGAAUCCCUCGUUGCAUCAUCAGACUCCUCGAUAAAUUCAAGCGCAUUAGACUGGCCGCGGUGUGUUUGAGCUGGGAUCAGGCGCUGUAGCUAGUUUGGUGUACUAUCUGUGUUCACUCUAGGUUUGACGAUGUCUGUGUCUGAGAGCUCCCUGCUGAACAAGGGCGUGAGGGAUCAGUAUAUGAAGCUGCCGCAGGGGGACCGGGUGCAGGUCACCUACGUGUGGAUCGACGGCACGGGGGAGGGUCUCCGCUGCAAAACCAGAACGCUGGACAGCGAGCCCAAGUGCCUUGAGGAUAUUCCUGAGUGGAAUUUCGAUGGCUCCAGCACCUACCAGGCUGAGGGUUCGAACAGCGACAUGUACCUGAUCCCUGUGUGCAUAUUCAGGGACCCCUUCAUCCUGGAUCCCAACAAGCUGGUGCUGUGUGAGGUGCUCAAGUACAACAGGAAACCUGCAGAGACUAACCUGCGGAUGCGGUGUAAGCAGGCGAUGGAUCUGGCUGCAGACUCGCACCCCUGGUUUGGGAUGGAACAGGAGUACACCCUGCUGGGCAUUAACAAGCACCCCUACGGCUGGCCGCAGAAUGGCUUCCCGGGGCCCCAGGGUCCUUAUUACUGUGGAGUGGGUGCUGACAAAGUGUACGGGAGAGACGUUGUGGAGUCUCACUACAAAGCCUGCAUGUACGCAGGGGUCAAGAUAGCUGGCUCCAAUGCAGAGGUCAUGCCAUCCCAGUGGGAGUUCCAGGUGGGCCCCUCUGAAGGUAUGGAUAUGGGGGAUCACCUCUGGAUGGCACGGUUCCUGCUGCACCGUGUGUGCGAGGAUUUCGGGGUGGUCGCCACACUGGACCCCAAACCCAUCACCGGUAACUGGAACGGAGCGGGCUGCCACACCAACUUCAGCACCGAGGCCAUGAGGAACAAGGGCGGACUCCAGCACAUUGAAGAAGCCAUCGAGCGUCUGAGCAAGAGGCACGCCUUCCACAUCAAGGCUUACGACCCCAAGGGAGGGGCUGACAACUCCCGCAGACUGACAGGCUUCCACGAGACCUCCAGUAUCCACGACUUCUCCGCCGGCGUGGCCAACCGAGGGGCCAGCAUCCGGAUCCCGCGGCAGGUUGGGCAGGACGGCUGCGGCUACUUCGAGGACCGCCGCCCCUCCGCCAACUGCGACCCGUACGCAGUGACUGAAGCCAUUAUCCGCACCUGCGUCCUGAAUGAGACCGGAGACCAGGAUGCAGCCUGACUCCCUCCGUCCAGCACAGGACUGGCAAUGGCUCUACAGGGAUCUGUGUUUUAUUGUAGUGCCUGUUCUGAAUGUUUGUUAGCUCAGCUGGGUUGAACCAACAAAUCUGUCUUUUUGUGUUUUCUUUUGUUUUUGUUUUUAAAUAGCUAAUGGUUAUUUAUAAAUUUGUUCUGAAUUCCAAUGGGUCAAAACUCCACUGGUCUAGUUUUAAGGCUUUUACUUUAGUUUCAAGAUGCCUAAUGCUAAUCUGGUUUUAAAAUGACAUUGACAUUCUUCUGUGUAAUUGUUUGUCUUUGUUCAUUAUGAGAACUCCACUUGUUCCUGUGUGUUUGCCUUGUCCCUUUCAACGGCCUUCUAGUUUAAUCUAAGCUAUUGGCAGUGUAGAGGAUGUAGUCCCCAGUACCUCAUUUUAAUGGUUAAACUUUUAGUUUUGUACAAUGGUUAAACUUUCAAAUUUCUGAAUGGCUGCUCAACACUAAAGUCUCUCCCAGAGUUCAUGCAUAGUGAAAGGUUGUCAAUGUUUGGCACUGUACUUUUUAUAUGAAGGUUUUGUGUGUUUAAAUUUUAUGAAAUAAAUGAACCUGGUCUAGCCGG